CUGGAAUUACUAGUGACCAGCGAGUAGUGCAACAAAGAGGAAAAUAAAGAUAAAAGAGACCACGGCGAACAAGGAAAAAUGAGUGCGGUUGACGAGAGAACGAUCUAUGCAAAACUGGAAGCAAUGAAAGACAUAAGGUCGAAAACACUCCAGCUCGAAAAGUUGAAGCUCAAAAUCGUUCGUGAGGUGGAAAAUGGGGACGCCGAGGAGAAGUGCUUGUCGGAGUACCGCCGCGAGCUGGAGUUGCUGAUGCAGGAAAAGAUGAGUCACGUAGAAGAACUUCGGCAAAUCCACGCCGACAUCAACGCAAUGGAAACAGUCAUAAAGCAGGCGGAAGAGAAUCGGAUCCGUUCGAUAAAUAUGGCAAACCGUAUCCACGAGGAGUACGUACCGCUCAAGACCGACGUCGAUACGAUGCGCCGCGAGUAUUUGGGCUUGGAGCGACUGCCGGAGCUGCACGAAGAGGAAGGCACCACCAUUUCUCCUGAUCGAUUCCAGAACUAUUACGCCACCAACAAGCCAAUGUCGACCCCAACGGCCACAUUCUCCCGUCCGCCGCUGUCCGCCCACCAUCCGCUGCCGCCGGACGCACCGGCCACCUCGUUGCCUCCGUCGGCACCGCCCGGAUUCCUGCCGCCGCCACCCGUUGCCAUGCGCAUAAGCAAGCCACCGGAACUGCCGACUAACCGACUGCAGCAGGCACCGUCCACGAUCGGCAUUGGGCAUCCGACAUUCAGGUCUGAUUUCAAUGUGAAUUUGAGACAGCAACCGCCACCGAUGAAAUCGUGCCUAUCGUGCCACCAGCAAAUCCAUCGGAACGCACCAAUCUGCCCACUGUGCAAGGCCAAGAGUCGUUCGCGCAACCCGAAGAAACCGAAAAAGAAGGACCACUAACCGCGCUGGUAGCGAGCGGGAUUUCUUUAUUAAAUACGCGAGCAGGGGAAUAGCGGUUUCGCGGUUCUGCCUCUUCCCAUCCAUCUCUAUUCGGUGGCAUUUUGCGUUCUAGCGUUACUUUUCCAUU